AUGAGGGACGAGAGCGGCGCAGAGGAGGCGCUCGAGGCGCUGCCUUCGCUGCCCGCCAGCGCGAAAGCCGCGCUCGCGGAGUUCCUUGCGCGCCACGUGACGCUCGGGCGCAGUGGGGGGCUUUCCGCCGCCCGGGACGGCGAGGCGCCCCAGCGCGCCGCAGCAGACGACCAGGAGCUCCUGGUGCUGCUGCGAGCGCUAGAGCUGCUGGCGCUGCCGGACGCGCGCCAGUAUCUCCACUUGUGCCUUGCGCCGGUUCUGGUGAUUUGCCUGGGCACCCGCGAGGAGUCAGGCGAAUGCCCGCGGGGCGACGAGCCCCGGCGCCGCGCCGCAGGCCUCCUGGGGCGCAUGGCGCGGCAGUACACCUCGUUGCAGCUGGGUCAAGAGCUGCUGCGGCUCCUGGAGAAGGCGAUCCGCCGCCUGCCGGGCGCUGCCUCGGCGCCGCUGGCGGGAGCCGCGCUCUUGGCGCUGCAGCUGGGGCCCAGGGCCAUUGAGGCGCUGCUUCUGGGUCUGCAGCCCCUGGCCCUGGCCGCGCGGGGGGCCGCGGGAGCCUUCGGCACGUCCGGCGGCCACGCGGUAGCGGCGCACGCCUUUCUGGCGGUGCUGCGAGCGCUGAGGCAGCUGGCUGCAGGCGACCCGAGCCUCGCUGCGGCCCAGCGCGAGCACGUCGCCAGCCUCUUCGGAGUGGAAGUGGAGUGCCUGGCGCUGGGCGGGCUCUUGGACCUUCCGCGGCCAGGCCGCGGCCGCAAGCGCCAAGUCGAGGAGGAGGAAGUGGAAGAUGAGGUUCCGAGCGCAGCGCCCGAGCGCGAGGCACGGGAGGUGAGAGCGGCGAAGAUUGCGCGUGACAGCAAGGAGUUCCUGCAUCGCGCGCGGGCCAAAGCUAUGCCCAAGGUGCGAAAAGGCAAGACCGCACCGCACGCUGAGCCGCUCACGGCGAAGGUGCUGCUACAUCUGUAG